GGGCGGGGCGGGCAGCCCGGGAGCUGUCCGCAGGGAAGCGACAGUCGGGCUCCGGCAGGUCGGCGUCGCGGGAUGGCGGGAGCGCGGCAGCGGCAGCGGCAGGCCAGGCGGCGGCAGAAAGGGCGGCGGAGCGGGACCCCGCGGAGGCCGCCUGAUGCCGGAGAACGCAUGCAGGUAAAGGAAAAAGAGAUGGUGUGGUGUUCGAACUGCGAUGAGACACAUGUUCUCAUUUACUCCAGUAAUGGGAAGCUUUAUGAACAGUGGACCACGGCUCCAGACAAAAUCUCUAAAUCAAGUCUGGUGAAAGAACUGGAAAACCACAGUAUUGUUCAAAUAGCCUGUGGAGACCAUCAUUCCAUGGCACUGUCCACAGGAGGGGCCCUCUUUACCUGGGGCCGGAAUACCCAUGGACAGCUUGGAGUAGGGAGCCAAGACCCACUCAUCUCCAACCCACAGCUGGUGAAAGGCCUACAGGGCAUCCCACUUGCUCAAAUUGCUGCUGGAGGAGCUCACAGUGUUGUUGUGUCACUCUCUGGAGCUGUGUACUCCUGGGGAAAGAACAAUUUUGGACAGCUGGGACUUGGACACACAGAAGAUAGGGACUGCCCAUCAUACGUUGAAGCAUUAGAGCACUGGAAGGCUGUAUUUAUCUCAUGUGGGACAGACCACACUGCAGUUCUCUCCAAGGAUGGCUUGGUGUAUACCUUUGGAGCAGGAGGGGCUGGCCAGCUUGGUCACAACUCCACCCGGAAUGAAUUAACUCCUCGUGUGGUGGCUGAACUGUGGGGAGCAAGAGUUUCACAGGUUGCCUGUGGAAGGCAGCACACCUUGGUCUAUGUCCCAUCUUUGGACAAAGUCUAUUCGUUUGGUUCUUAUCAAGGACAGCUGGAAAGUGAGAGAAAAGCUAAUCAGUUGAUACCACUGCCCAUCAAUUCACCAGAGGAUAAUGGGAAAUUCUGUCAGGAAAACACAUCACAAAACAUGAUUAAAACUACUGCAGAAGAAAAGGAAAGUAUCAUUGGUCUUCUCUUUGAGAAAAAGAAUUCCUAUCCUUUGAAUGGAAUUGCCACUCUGAAGACGAAAGAAGUGAAUGCAUGGAUUUCUAAUUCCAGUUCACAACAGUGGAAGACUAUAAAAAAGAUUAUCAGACUGGUCUUUUCAUCUGAGGCUUGCAUCAAUGGAAGUUUCUUGGAUAAAAGAGGCAAACAUUUCAGAACCUCCAAAGAAAUCUCAGGUGUAGACAUGGCAAAAGUGCAACGCUUUUAUAAGAAGAUCAGCAAGAAUGCAGAAUUCUACCAGGAGGUGCAAAAGGAGAUUAAUAAUUUACUGCCAUCAUUGUCUUCUUCUCCUGUUUCACCUGAAAAUUUCAGAGUCUACUUGAUCUUGCCUUUCCUUCUGCAGCAACAGAACUCCAACUCUUACAGUACUCUCAAGCUGCUAGCAAAAGCUAUCCUGAGGCUCCGGCGGAAGGACCUGCAAAUUCUUGAAUGCCUGUGGUCAAAUCUAGAAACAGACCAUUUCAAGAAUCUGGUUGUUAUAUUUAAGAGAGUUUCUCUGGACUCUCUGAUUCAGUUUCUGUGCAGUUUCUCUGAGGAAUACCCACAAAAAAUAGAGACCCUGCAAAUACUGCAGAUUCUUUACCAGGUGAACUCCAGAGCUGGUUUCAGGCUACAAGACAACCAUUUCUAUAUACCUGAAAUGAAAGAGAUUAUCUGUGGUUUUAAUACCAGGGGCAUAUCACUGACAGUGCUGAUUAAAUAUCCCUGCAUUUUUGACAUGAAACACAAGCUGGUGAUUCAUAUUUUCGAACGCAACAGACUGUCUAUGUAUUUCAACACUUAUCCAAGCUUACCCAGCAUAUUCCAGAAAGAGUGGAUUUUUCCGGUCAGAAGAGAAUGCCUCCUGCAUGACAUCUGGAAUCAUUUAAGAAAAGCGAAGAACAGCCAAUUCACGCAUCUCUUACAAGUAAGACAUCAAACUAUAUAUUUUUUCUUCAGCUCUAAAUCUAUUACUGCAGUGUUCUGCAGUAUUGUAAGAAAGUUCUGCUGUAGACAUAACUAA